AUGGGAGCCAAUGUGUCCAGUUACCCACAUUCAUGCUCCUCACGCUUUGCUGGAAACUCACAGGCUCAGCAGACCUUUAUUGGAACAUCUUUGUACUCACAGCAGAGCUACACGUGGGAGCCAAAGCUCUACAGCCUGGAGCAUGGCGGUCACGAGCGGCCUCCAGAGCGGAAGAAAAGGACCUCAGGCCUGGCCACGCUCAAGCGGCGCUUCAUUCGACGCCGCAGAGCGAGCCGUUCAGCUGACCAUGCUCGGCACAUGCGUGAGCUGCUCUCUGGCUGGCACGUAUGUGACGCCAAUGCCCUGGUGGAGGAGUAUGCGGGCACAGCUGCCCUCAAAGAGCUAAGCCUGGCUGCGAGCCUGGCCCGACCUGAGGCUGCCACACUGCGGUCCUGCAUGACCGCUUUAUUUCAGCAUAAGCACUGCGCAGAUGUCGACCUGCUCUUCCAGGAUGCCUGCUUCCCUGCCCACCGUGCCAUCCUGGCUACCCGUUGUCCUUUUUUUAAGAGGUUGUUUUCAACCCCUGCUCCAGUGAAUUCAGGUUAUACUGGGGCAGAGGUGCUGCUGGAUGUUGGCAUAGCAGGAAUAGAUGUUCCAUUGUUCUCAGCCCUGUUGCACUUCCUUUACACCGGCGAUCUUAGAGGUUCCAGCAGAGAGGCGGAAACAAGGUUGAGGAAUGUGGAAGUUUUGAGGCAGCUAAGUGAGGAGUUUGGCAUGCCUAACUUUCUGGAGGAAGACAUGAAGGCUCUGUUUAACUCCAUGUGCUACUACGACUCUGUGCUCAGCUUCAGCGUCGAGCCUGAACGCGUAGAUGCUUAUGAUUCAGUUGGAGGGAUAAGUGGUGGAGGGAUUGCAGAAGUUAGCCUCAUGAAAAGCGACCAUUCGACAUCCCCAAAGGAGGACCUAAGAGCCCACAAGGCUGUGCUCUCGGCACGCUCUCCUUUUUUCCGGAACCUUCUGCAGAGACGCGUUCGCACCGGUGAGGAACUGACAGAGCGGACACUGCAGACACCUACCCUCAUUGUGUUGGAUGAGUCCAUUAUUCCACGGAAGUAUGCCCGGGUUAUUUUGCACUGCAUGUACACGGAUGUUGUGGACCUGUCGCUGGUGAUGCGUGGCAGCCCCUCGGUGGGCAGCCUUAGUGAAGCUCAGGUCCUGGGGACGAGCACCUCAGUAGGCAAGGGCGGGGUAUCUACACGCACUGAGGAGGCCAUGGAGCUCUAUCACAUCUCCCUGUUUCUGGAAUUCGGCAUGCUGGCUCAAGGCUGUGAGGAUAUCAUAGUAGAGAACAUCUCGCUGGAGUCUCUGGUUUCGAUUCUGAAGUGGAGCUCUCAGCCUUAUGGCUCCAAAUGGGUCCACAGACAGGCCUUGCAUUUUCUGCGUGAGGAGUUUAGCCAGGUAAUGACGUCUGACGUGCUCUAUGAGCUCACCAAGGAUCAGCUGCUCACAGCCAUUCAGUCUGACUACCUGCAGGCGAGUGAGCAGGACAUUUUGAAGUAUGUGAUUAAGUGGGGUGAGCACCAGCUCAUUAGGAGGAUGGCUGACCGAGAACCGAACCUGCUGAGUGGAACUGCUCACAGUGUCAAUAAACGUGGUGUGAAGAGAAGAGAUCUGGAUAUAGAGGAACUAAAGGAAAUUCUGUCUCCUCUGCUGCCUUACGUCCGCAUGGAGCACAUUCUCCCAGCGAAUAGUGAUGUUCUCUCUGAUGCUAUGAAACGAGGUUUGAUCAGCACUCCUCCAUCAGACAUGCUGCCCACAUCGGUGGGGGGCAAAUCAAACGCCUGGCUCAGACAGAAGAACACGGGCAUCUAUGUGCGCCCCCGUCUCUUCUCUCCCUAUGUAGAGGAGGCAAAGUCUGUCCUUGAUGAGAUGAUGGUGGAGCAAACAGAUUUGGUACGCCUGAGAAUGGUGCGCAUGUCUAACGUGCCUGAUACCCUGUACAUGGUCAACAACGCUGUGCCGCAGUGCUGUCAUGUCAUAAACCAUCAGCAAAUCACUGGCAACCAGACCACAGCCCCUUCGGUUGUUGCCAAUGAUAUACCAGUGCCCAGGUUGGAAGUAGUUAAACAGAUGAUUGGUAGGCUGCAGGAGCUCCGGCACACAGAUCAGGUUCAGAGAGCUUAUGCACUGAAUUGUGGAGAAGGAGCCACGGUAAGCUACGAGCUUCAGCUUCGUGUUCUCCGAGAAUUUGGCCUGUCUGAUGGAGCCACAGAGCUGCUGCAGAACCCACACAAGUUCUUCCCAGAGGAGCGUUUUGGGGAUGAGAGUCCUCUUAGUCUGAGAGCAGCUGGUCGAUGCAGAGUGAACAGCUCCCCUGCUAUGGACUCUAUGUUCACAGAAGCGGACACGCUCGGGGGUCUAAACCCCCCUCUUCCUCCUCCACCUCCUCCGUAUCAUGCCAUGCCUGCUCACGCCCAGUACAGAGGAGGCUGGAGCACCGUAAUGGCACUACCACCGCCCUCACGCUCCUUUUCUUACCCUUGUAACCACACGCUCCAGCCAAGAGACUUGUCCAUGCCUCAACCCAGCACCCAGGUGUACCAAGGUUCUGACUACAGCCUGGCUCAGAGCAUGGGGAGAACCGUUAACACUGAGACAUCUGCGAGUCUGGAACCUCUUAUUAAUGAUUACAUGCCUGACAUCGCCCUCGGAGUGUCCUCUAUGACUCUGUCAGAGCACAGCAAGGCUCGGAACAUCCCUCAUCCUUUUCCCAGUAUGUCUUCUUUUAUUCCUCAAUACCCGGCCGGACCGUGCCCCAGUGGUAGGUACUCUUGCACUGAGCUGCCCAGCACAAGACAUGUCUCCAAACAGAAAGCUAAACCUCCGCCUAACUAUCCUGACCUUUAUGACACGUCCAGUCAUACAGAGACUUCUACAUCUAGCCAUUCCUCUCAGGCCAUUUACACAGGUCCAGACUUGUUCCCUCAGCACAGAGGGCCGCUAAACAGCUCAACUCUAUCACGUCUCCCUAGUGUCCCUGUGUCAGUUCAUGGCCCGGCCAGACCAGCUGACUCUCUUCAUUUGGAUGUAUUGGGUCAAAGGUUGGAUUUGGCUCAUGCAUCCUCUGGAGUACCCUCAGUAGAGGAAGUGCUUGUGCCCAGUGGGCGCUUACUAAAUGACUCAGACCUGACAUGUGGUCUUGGAUCAUCAGGAGCUGGUUCCGAGGGGCUCAGCUCGGUAUCAGGUGAUACAGGGGACACAAAGGAGCCAUCCAGAGGGGCCGGGAAUCACAGAAACAGUAGUGAAGAAACAGAAGUAAACAGGGAUCACAGGUCACCCAGUAGGCCAGAGUACCAGUAUAAGAAAUCUGCACUUUAA